AUGUACUCUUUUCAGGAGGACCCAAAUGAUAUCGACCCAAAAAGGAAAGAUGUGCGUGGCAGCAAUGGGGAGGACAAAGCACAAAAUGUGGAGACGCUACCUCCAGGAAAAGUUCGAUGGCAAGAUUUUGAUCAAGAYGCUUACGUUAGCGCCACCAUGGUGCGCUCCGGUCAGGAUCCGUACGCCCGGAAUAAGUUCAAUCAGGUAGAAAGCGACAAAUUGCGAAUGGACCGAAACAUUCCUGACACUAGGCAUGAUCAGUGUCAACGGAAGCAGUGGCGGAUAGACUUGCCAGCCACUAGUGUGGUGAUCACCUUUCACAAUGAGGCCAGAUCUGCUUUGCUUCGAACUGUUGUCAGUGUCCUGAAAAAAAGCCCCUCACAUCUUAUCAAGGAAAUCAUACUGGUGGACGACUACAGUAAUGACCCUGAGGAUGGUGCUCUCUUGGGAAAAAUUGAAAAAGUGAGGGUUCUUCGAAACGACCGCCGAGAAGGCUUGAUGCGCUCCCGUGUCAGAGGGGCAGAUGCAGCACAGGCCAAAGUCCUGACCUUCCUCGAUAGUCACUGUGAAUGCAACGAACACUGGCUGGAACCGCUUCUGGAAAGAGUAGCUGAGGACAAGACCAGAGUUGUGUCUCCUAUUAUUGAUGUAAUUAAUAUGGACAACUUCCAGUAUGUGGGGGCGUCAGCUGAUUUAAAAGGCGGCUUUGAUUGGAACCUGGUGUUCAAAUGGGAUUACAUGACACCAGAGCAAAGAAGAGCACGGCAAGGAAACCCUGUUGCUCCCAUAAAGACCCCCAUGAUAGCUGGAGGGUUAUUUGUGAUGGACAAAUCCUACUUUGAAGAACUAGGGAAGUACGACAUGAUGAUGGAUGUUUGGGGUGGAGAAAAUCUAGAGAUCUCCUUCAGAGUCUGGCAGUGUGGCGGCAGCCUCGAAAUCAUCCCUUGCAGCAGGGUGGGUCACGUGUUCCGCAAGCAGCAUCCAUACACAUUCCCUGGGGGAAGUGGUACUGUGUUCGCAAGAAAUACACGCAGAGCAGCAGAAGUCUGGAUGGAUGAGUAUAAAAAUUUCUAUUACGCAGCAGUGCCUUCAGCCAGGAAUGUACCUUACGGCAACAUUCAAAGCCGGAUGGAACUCAGAAGGAGACUUAGCUGCAAACCCUUCAAAUGGUACCUUGAAACUGUUUAUCCUGAGUUACGGGUACCUGAUCAUCAAGAUAUAGCUUUCGGGGCUUUGCAGCAAGGUACCAAUUGCCUUGACACGCUGGGCCAUUUUGCAGAUGGUGUUGUUGGAGUUUAUGAAUGCCAUAAUGCUGGGGGAAACCAGGAAUGGGCCUUAACAAAGGAUAAGUCAGUGAAACAUAUGGAUUUGUGCCUUACUGUUGUGGACAGAGCACCUGGUUCACUAAUAAAACUUCAGGGCUGCAGAGAAAAUGACAGCAGACAGAAAUGGGAACAGAUUGAAAGCAACUCUAAACUCAGGCACGUUGGCAGUAACCUCUGUCUGGACAGCCGGAAUGCCAAAAAUGGUGGUCUCACCGUUGAGGUGUGCAGUCCUUCCUUGUCACAGCAGUGGAAAUUCACACUUAACCUGCAGCAGUAGGAGGACUCCCGUGCAAAAUGCCGUUUCAGUUCGUAGACAUUGGGCAAAGUUUUGAUUGCAUUGCUGAUGUAUUUCUUAAACUUUCCACGGACCUUAUAUACCUCAGUAUUCCACCUUUAUCUGGAAGUAGGAGCGCGCUGAAGCAGACACCAGGGAGCCGGGGGCCUGGAGCGCUGCAGUGACUGUUGAAGCUGCCUGCAGCACAGUUCCUGCUUGGUGGGAAGACCUUCACAGUUCCUUUCUGUCUUCAGUUACAUACUUGCACAGCAGAUAAUUAACUCUAGGAACAGCCAAUGUAUCAUAGAAAGUGGAUCUCAAGAAAAACACCUGUGGGGAACAGGGUGCGGGGAGGGCUGGGUGGGAAAACUGACUUAGGAGAAGAUCAUUUGAAAUCUCCAUUUGCUUAGAAAUCAUUGUCUGUGGUUUCCAGAAACAGAAGUGUCAUUUUGAAGGGUUUUUUGGUUUUUUUUUUUUUCCUGUGUGUACUUGGUAUAUUUGAAUAAGAACUUUUCUAUGAUGGACUCUAAAUAUAAAUAUAUAAAAUAUAUAUAUUGUCAGCUCCCAAUGAUUUAUACCAAUUUUCAUCAUCCUAUAAUUAUCAGCAAAGUGAUUGACAUAUACGUAUAACCAGCAAUUGGAUUUGAAUGCUAGCAGAGUGAAACUUUGAAGGUGCACGUUCAGUGCUGCUGAGUCUCAUGUCCAUGCUAACACUGGAUGCUUUGGCUUUCCAAACUGGAUGUCCUUCUUAACACUUCACCCUCACUGGAGAUCAUGCAACUCAGGAGGAGAAAGAAAAUAGCAGAACAAGCCAGUGUGUCUGCACGGUGGUUGCUUGGAUUGUUUCCUCCAACUUGGAAAUUCGUGACAUGCAGCCUGGGCAUCUGCAACUUUUAAACUUUUACUUGACGUUUGUGUUGAUCAUUUCUGUAGUACUUUGUCUUUAAAAUACUUCC